AGAGAUUGCCAGGUCUUUUUCCUGUGGAGUAGUUGGAUGGGUUUGAAUUCAGUUAGUAGCUGAGCACUUAAUCAUUGCACCACUAGGGCUCCUCUGAUGAAUGUUAAAACCACCUAACAACUAGUGUUCUUAAGUGACAUAUAGUAGCAGAAAAAGAAACUCAUUAAACAAGAUUAUAGAUUAUGCUGUAUUAAUUAUGCAAGGUAAAAAUAAAAAAAAUAGUGAGUCUUGUAUUUCCUAGACAAAUAAAUGUAGUAAGAUGAUAUACUAUCAGUAUUUUUACAUUCUUGUAAAUUUGAGUAGUACAUUUAUCUCCUUUGUAUAAUAAAUGUUUUUAUUCCUCUUAUUUUGGAUAGACACUUGGCAUUUCACCUGAAGAGAAAUUUGUUAUUACAACAACAAGUAGGAAAGAAAUUACCUGUGAUAAUUUUGAUGAAACUGUUAAAGAUGGAGUCACUCUGUACUUGCUGCAGUCAGUCAAUCAGUUACUACUCUCAGCUACAAAAGAACGAAUUGACUUCCUACCUCACUAUGACACACUGGUUAAAAGUGGCAUGUAUGAAUAUUAUGCGAGUGAAGGACAAAAUCCUUUGCCAUUUGCUCUUGCAGAAUUAAUUGAUAAUUCACUGUCUGCUACUUCUCGUAACAAUGGUAUAAGAAGAAUACAGAUAAAAUUGCUUUUUGAUGAAGCACAAGGAAAACCUGCUGUUGCAGUGAUAGAUAAUGGAAGAGGAAUGACCUCUAAACAGUUAAACAACUGGGCUGUAUAUAGGUUGUCAAAAUUUACAAGGCAAGGCGACUUUGAAAGUGAUCAUUCAGGAUAUGUUCGUCCAGUACCAGUGCCACGCAGCUUAAAUAGUGAUAUUUCCUAUUUUGGUGUUGGCGGCAAGCAGGCUGUUUUCUUUGUUGGACAAUCAGCCAGAAUGAUAAGCAAACCUGCAGAUUCCCAAGAUGUUCAUGAACUUCUGCUUUCUAAAGAAGACUUUGAAAAGAAGGAGAAAAAUAAAGAGGCAAUAUACAGUGGAUAUAUUAGAAACAGAAAGCCAUCUGAUUCUGUUCACAUUACAAAUGAUGAUGAAAGAUUUCUACACCAUCUUAUCUUAGAGGAGAAGGAAAAAGAUAGCUUUACUGCUGUGGUUAUCACAGGAGUACAACCAGAGCACAUACAGUACUUGAAAAAUUAUUUCCAUCUUUGGACACGACAGUUAGCGCAUAUUUAUCAUUACUAUAUUCAUGGCCCAAAAGGAAAUGAAAUUCGUACAUCAAAAGAAGUUGGACCUUUCAACAACAUAGAUAUUGAAAUUUCUAUGUUUGAAAAAGGGAAGGCACCUAAGAUUGUCAACCUAAGGGAAAUACAAGAUGACAUGCAGACGUUGUAUAUAAACACAGCAGCUGAUAGUUUUGAGUUCAAGGCUCAUGUUGAAGGAGACGGUGUAGUGGAAGGGAUUAUCCGAUAUCAUCCUUUCUUAUAUGAUAGAGAAACUUACCCUGAUGAUCCAUGCUUUCCGUCAAAACUAAAAGAUGAAGAUGAUGAUGAUGAUUGUUUCAUAAUUGAGAAAGCAGCAAGAGGGAAAAGGCCUAUUUUUGAAUGUUUUUGGAAUGGACGAUUAAUACCAUAUACAUCUGUUGAAGACUUUGACUGGUGUACUCCUCCUAAGAAGAGAGGGCUGGCACCGAUCGAAUGCUACAAUAGAAUAUCUGGUGCACUAUUCACUAAUGACAAAUUUCAGGUCAGCACAAAUAAGCUGACUUUUAUGGAUCUUGAGCUAAAAUUGAAAGAUAAGAACACCCUGUUUACAAGGAUCUUAAAUGGACAGGAACAGCGAAUGAAAAUUGACAGAGAAUUUGCUUUAUGGCUGAAGGACUGUCAUGAAAAAUAUGACAAACAGAUAAAAUUUACACUCUUUAAAGGAAUAAUUACACGUCCUGAUCUCCCCUCUAAAAGGCAGGGCCCCUGGGCCACGUACUCAGCCAUAGAAUGGGAUGGAAAAAUAUACAAAGCAGGACAGCUGGUUAAGACAAUCAAGACACUUCCCCUCUUUUAUGGAAGCAUAGUAAGAUUUUUUCUUCAUGGCGAUCAUGAUGGAGAAGUAUAUGCUACAGGAGGAGAGGUUCAAAUUGCAAUGGAACCUCAAGCAUUGUAUGAUGAAAUAAAAACUGUACCAAUUGCAAAACUGGAUAGGACAGUUGCUGAGAAGGCUGUAAAAAAAUAUGUAGAAGACGAAAUGGCAAGGCUCCCCGAUAGAUUGUCAGUAACUUGGCCUGAAGGAGAUGAAUUACUGCCAAAUGAGAUCAGGCCUGCUGGAACCCCUAUUGGUGCAUUAAGAAUUGAAAUACUGAAUAAAAAAGGGGAAGCAAUGCAAAAGCUUCCAGGAACGAGUCAUGGAGGAUCAAAGAAACUCCUGGUUGAGCUCAAAGUUAUAUUACACUCUUCAAGUGGAAAUAAAGAAAUAAUUUCACAUAUUAGUCAACAUGGAGGAAAGUGGCCUUACUGGUUUAAAAAAAUGGAAAAUAUUCAAAAAUUGGGGAAUUAUACAUUGAAAUUACAAGUUGUGUUGAAUGAAAGUAAUGCAGACACUUAUGCAGGAAGACCACUACCAUCUAAAGCAAUUAAAUUUUCUGUUAAAGAGGGUAAGCCAGAGAAAUUUUCAUUUGGUCUUCUGGAUUCUCCUUUUCGUGUUGGAGUGCCUUUCAAUAUCCCUCUGGAAUUUCAGGAUGAAUUUGGUCAUACCAGUCAACUAGUAACUGAUAUUCAACCAGUUCUUGAAGCAAGCGGCUUGUCUCUACAUUAUGAAGAGAUAACAAACGGACCAAACUGUGUAAUUCGAGGUGUUACAGCUAAGGGCCCUGUAAACUCUUGUCAAGGCAAGAAUUUUAAUCUCAAGGUUAUUCUGCCAAGUUUAAAAGAAGACUCACAGAUUUUGAAAAUUAGAUUACUACCUGGUCCCCCUCGUCGAUUGAAAGUAAAACCUGACUCUGAAAUUUUAGUAAUAGAAAAUGGAACAGCUUUCCCAUUUCAGGUGGAAGUUUUGGAUGAAUCAGACAAUAUAACAGCACAACCAAAACUGAUAGUUCAUUGUAAGUUUUCUGGUGCUCCAAACCUGCCACUGUAUGUUGUGGAUUGCAGUAGUUCUGGAACUAGUAUUUUAACUGGACCUGCAAUUCAAGUUCAGAAUAUUAAAAAAGACCAGACACUUAAAGCAAGAAUUGAAAUACCGAGUUGUAAAGAUGUGGCUGCUGUUGAGAAGACUAUUAAGUUGCUUCCCAGUAGCCAUGUUGCCAGACUGCAGAUAUUCAGUGUGGAAGGACAAAAGGCAAUCCAGAUCAAACAUCAGGAUGAGGUUAAUUGGAUAGCAGGCGAUGUUAUGCAUAAUCUUAUUUUUCAAAUGUAUGAUGAAGGAGAAAGAGAAAUUGACAUAACAUCAGCUUUAGCAGAAAAAAUUAAAGUUAAUUGGACUCCUGAUAUUAACAAAGAACACUUGCUCCAGGGUCUGCUUCCUGAUGUACAAGUACCAACAUCUGUAAAGGAUAUGCGUUAUUGCCAGGUUUCAUUCCAAGAUGAUCAUGUGUCUUUGGAAAGUGCAUUUACAGUAAGGCCACUUCCUGAUGAACCUAAACAUCUAAAAUGUGAGUUAAAAGGAGGAAAAACAGUACAGAUGGGCCAAGAACUUCAAGGAGAAAUAGUUGUAAUAGUGACAGAUCAGUAUGGAAAUCAGAUUCAAGCAUUUUCACCAAGUUCUUUAUCUGCUUUGGGAAUUGCUGGGGUUGGACUUGAUAGCUCGAACUUGAAAAUGACUUUUCAGGAAAACACAGAAAGUAUAAGUGUAAGAGGCAUCAAAUUUGUUCCAGGUCCUCCUGGAAAUAAGGAUCUUUGUUUUACUUGGCGUGAGUUUUCUGACUUCAUUCGAGUGAAGUUAAUUUCUGGACCCCCAGCUAAACUUCUUCUUAUAGACUGGCCAGAAUUAAAGGAGUCCAUUCCAGUUAUUAAUGGAAAAGAAUUACAGAACCCUCUUAUUGUUCAACUUUGUGAUCAGUGGGAUAAUCCAGCACCCGUACCACAGGUUAAAAUAAGUCUUAUAAAAGCUAACAACUUAAAGCUCACUCCUUCAAACCAACAGCAUAAAACAGAUGAAAAGGGCAGGGCUAAUUUGGGAGUAUUCAGUGUUUCUGCCCCAAGGGGAGAACAUAUUAUACAGAUUAAAGCCAUCCAUAACAAGAAUACCAUUGAAGGACCUGUAAUCAAGUUAAUGAUUCUUCCAGACCCUGAAAAACCCAUUCGUCUCAAUGUUAAAUAUGACAAAGAUGCUUCCUUUUUAGCAGGGGGACUUUUCACUGAUUUUAUGAUUAGUGUUAUUUCUGAAGAUGACAGUGUCAUUAAAAAUAUUAAUCCAGCACGUAUUUCCAUGAAAAUGUGGAAGCUGCCUAGCCCUGGGAACCGGCCACCAGCAAAUGCAGAAACAUUUAGUUGUAAUAAAAUAAAAGACAAUGACAAGGAAGAUGGCUGCUUCUAUUUCAGGGAUAAAGUAAUUCCUCACAAAGUGGGAACGUAUUGUAUCCAGUUUGGUUUUAUGAUGGAUAAAGCAUAUACUCUCAGUAGUGAACAGGUGAUAGUUGAUGUUCUUCCUAACCAACCUGUGAAGUUAGUUCCUGAAAUCCAACCAGCUACACCAGCUGUUUCUAAUGUUCGCUCAGUUGUCAGUAGGACCUUGGUCAGAGAUUUACAUCUCAAUAUCACGGACGAAUACAGCAAUCAUACUGGAAUUGAUUUGGUUGGCACAGUAAUAGCUACUAUUAAAGGUUCCAGUGAGGAGGAUACAGAUGUACCACUUUUUAUCGGGAAAGUUAAAACACUUGAAUUUCCCUUUGUGAAUGGUUCGGCUGAAAUCACGAGCCUAGUGCUGGCAGAAAAUAGUCCUGGAAGGGAUAGCACUGAAUAUUUUAUUAUAUUUGAGCCUCAGCUACCAGCUUUAUCAAGAACAUUAGAACCAUAUAUCCUACAAUUUAUGUUUUACAAUGAUGUUAAGAAGCAACAACAAAUGGCAGCACUUACAAAAGAGAAGGACCAAUUAUCUAAGUCUAUUAUUAUGUACAGAAGUUUAUUUGAAGCCAGCAAACAGCUUCUUGAUGAAAUGAAGUGCCAAGUUGAAGAAGCAAAAUUAAAAGAGGCUCAACUGCGGAAUGAACUAAAAGCACAUAAUAUUGACAUUCCUGCAACACAGCAGAUGACACAUAUUGAAGCACUUUUGAAAAGAAAGGUAACAGAACAGGAAGAGCUAAAGAAAAAACCUAGAAGAUCGUGUACUCUUCCAAAUUAUACCAAAGGCAGUGCAGAUGUUUUGGGAAAGAUUGCACACUUAGCGCAAAUUGAAGAUGAUAGAGCUGCAAUGGUUAUUUCUUGGCAUCUGGCAAGUGACAUGGACUGUGUGGUCACCCUGACCACUGAUGCUGCGCGUCGCAUCUAUGAUGAAACCCAGGGCCGUCAGCAGGUGUUGCCCCUUGACUCUAUUUAUAAGAAGACGCUUCCAGAUUGGAAAAGGCCUCUGCCUCAUUUACGAAAUGGAAAAUUGUGUUUUAAACCCAUUGGAGAUCCAAUUUUUGCCCGAGACUUGUUAACAUUUCCAGACAAUAAAGAACAUUGUGAAACAGUGUUUGGUAUGCUGUUAGGAGACACAAUUAUUUUGGAUAAUUUGGAUGCUGCCAAUCAUUAUAGAAGAGAGGUUUCCAGCUUGCACAUGUUCCAGCUUUCGCGGGUUUUACUUGUCUUUGGUUUCUUUGCAGAUCUUCUUCAACAAUACCGCUCGGCUGUGUGCAAGCUGGGCAGUGUGAAUAAGGACCUUAAUGGACAGUUGGAGUACCUUCACACUCCUGAUAUGAAGAAGAAAAAGCAAGAACUCGAUGAACAAGAGAAAAAUCUGAAACUAAUAGAGCAAAAACUUGGUAUGUGUUUAGUUUUUGUUAACAUGUACUUUCUCUGUCUGGAGAUAAAUAUUUAUGAUUAGGUAGAGUCCCACUAA